CCCACCUUGCUAGGGGAUUGCAAUAACUGAUACUUAGGCAUCAGUGGCUAUCCUUAUAUAUAGAGAGAGUGCGAGUACGGAGGGUGGGGAGCUGGAGUGGUGCUGGCUUGUUAACUUGCUUCAGGCUUGUUUGCCCCCCCCUUCUUUCUGGUUUCUAUCCGGAGGGUCCAGUUGGCGUGGGUGGUUUCUGCCCUUUGCUUCCUUCUUAGCCAUGCCGCCCAAGAAGGGGGUGGGUGUGAGUAAGGGCAAGCAGCCUGCUAAACGCCCCGCUGCUGGGCGCGGGUUGCCUGCGUCCUCAUCUGAUGAGGAUGAGGGGGAAGCUGCAAGGCAAGAAAUUCUGGCUAAGUUGGCUGCUCUUGAGAGAAGUAAAGGGGCGGGCUAUGGGCAGCCUGCUGCCUCUAGGGCGCAGAGGGCCUCUAAGCGGGUCUCCUCUGCCACUUUUCAGAGGGAUGUCUUAAAUCGUCUGUCCGCUCUUGAAGGUUCCGUGGAGGCGGCCGGUGCAGCGGAAGGUCGGUCUGGUGGCAGUGAACCUGGAGGGGCCGUGGAGCUGGAAGCACAGGCUACCACGGAGUCAGCGGAGGAGCCGCCUGUUGCGGUGGUAGUGGACCAACCGGAAGGGGAUGGUGCUGUGGUUCGCCGAGGGAGGUGUCGGAUCCUCAUCUGCGGACACAGUAUGAUUUUUUGGGCAGCGCAUCAGGCCAAGAGGACCCCGUGGGGGUCUCAGCUUGGCCUUAGUCGUUGGGCCCAGGUUGAGUGGCAGGGCCGUCGGGGCCUGCGUUGGCCGGGCCUGUUGCCGCUCCUGUUUGAGGGGCGGUGUUCCCCGCCGCCGGAUUUCUUAGUUAUCCACCUAGGUGGCAACGACUUGGGCUGGGUUAAGGGUAAGGCCCUUACUAUGCAGGCACAGGCUGACUUAAAGUUCAUUGCUAAGCAAUGGCCUGGUGUCCUCAUCAUUUGGUCUGCCAUCCUCCCACGCCGUAUUUGGCGGGAGGCUUUGGAUCACGACGCUGUUGAGCGCGCUAGGCGCAAGGCCAACAAAGCUAUGUUCAAGGCAUUGUGUGCAGGGCUGGGGAUUUAUUUGCCCCACCCUCGGAUUCGUGACACGUAUGCCAACCUCUACAGAGGUGACGGCAUUCACCUGUCCGUCCAGGGUAAUGAAAUAUUUCUGACCGAUUUACGGCAAGGGUUGUUGCUUUCCCUGCAGGAGUUGUGGGGCGUCAGGGCCUAAGCAGAGGCUUGGCCCUGUCGGUGGCAGGUUAGUUGGGGUAGGCAGAGCGGGCCGGUGGGCACCCGGUGGCAUUUCCCCAUUGGUGGGGAAUGGGGGCCUGUUACGGAUCAGCGGCGGGCUUUACGGCUGCCAGCAGAGAGGGCAGGCUGCCCUGGGUCCCCCUGGAAAAGGCCUUCCCUCGGGCUUUACGGCUGGGGUGU